AUGGCCUUUGUUAUUCGGAAUAUCAUGCUUAGUUCUCAGGAAGCACCCUCAAACCAAACAAAAGUAUCCACACCCCAAGACUUGAGAAUGCUUGGACACCAAUCCACCCUGCAUAGCACUCAGAACCGCGGGCACACGAUAAGGUUCUGUGUUCGUCGCUCCACCCUUGAGAUGGCCCACAUCGUGUCCCUCGAGAGUUCUCGCACUCCUCUACAAUAUUCCAGGAUAACUGGAUACACUCCUCGCUGUCCCAGGGCUGUGACGUUUAUGCGGCGGAUACGCCUGAGUUCAGGGAUCUUUACCCCUGUUUUCGCUGCAGAACUUGGUGGUGGCCUCCAGGGUGUUUGGAAAGUUGCCGUUGACUCACCUGCUGUGGUUGUUUCAGGAGACUUCGCUGCCUCGGAAUGUGCUGUUUAA